AUGGCGUUCCAUGGCACGCCCGUGGAAGUACGCAAAAACCAGAAAUCCACCACAUGGUACAGUGGUGAACUCAUUGACAUCAACGGAGAGGAUCGCAUCAAGGUUCGUUUCGAGGACGACAUUUGGCCGAUCCGCGAGGUCCCCGCCUCUUCAGUUCGUCGCCUGCCAGAGGAGGGAGCUAAUGACGACUUCAACCCGCAAGUGGAUGAGACCGUGGAAGUCCUUCUGUCCGCCACGGAAUCGAAUCCAAGCGGCUGGGCCUUAGGUAAGGUGAAGACCAUCAAGAAUUCCUUCUACUUCAUCACCUUCGAUCCAACACAAAAGGGCAAGCAGGACUUAAUCGUCGAGCGCAAAGCCCUACGGCGAACCAGCCCCGAGCAGCAGUUGGACGUGUCAUCGAUGAUCCGGAGGCUUCUGUCUGUGGAUCCCGACCUGCAUGGCUGGAUUCGGUCUCAGGAUUCCUCUGGCUGCCUGAACCAUGUGCAGAACAAGUGCAACUUGCUAGUGGCAAACUGCACAAAUGUGGAGCUUGGAAGCCAGAAGGAUCCAGAGGUGCUGCUCAUCGGAGGAGAACGUGAGAUUCGGCUGGGGGUACUCUUAUUGGAGCAAAUCCACUUCAAGUACCAGCUGCAGAUGCAGAGGUUUCACGAGCACCGUGAGCAGCUCAUGGAGCGAUUGACAAUGGCCAAGCAAUGGCACUCCGCGCAGCAUCAGGAGGUCUUUCAAGUCGACCAAACCCUGGUCGGCCGGGUCAUUGGCAAGAAGGGCGAGAAUGUUCGGGAGAUCCGUGAACGACACGGAGUCGAUGUGUGGAUCGAAGAUCCUCGUGGCAACAGCUCUGCCUGCAGGGUGACGGUGUGUGGGCAGACACCAGAGACCGUGAAGGCAGCACGUGAUGAGCUGGAGUUCAUUACUGUUUCCAUUCCAGUUGAUGGGGAGCACGUUGGCUGGAUCUUGGGCAAGGGCUACCAGACCAUUACGGACAUUGCCGCCAAGACGCAUCUGCACCAUGCCAGAUACGAUGACAAGUCCAAGACUUUGGAGCUCUGUGGUCUGCGCAGCCAGGUAGAGGACGCCAAGCUCAUGAUCUCGGUUCAUCGUGAGUACCUCCCGGUGUACCGGGAUAUGGACCAGGAGCAAAAUGCCAUCCAGAUGUCCUUCGACCAGCUUGAUGGUGUGGCGAACACCAAGGGGAAGGGCAAAAAAGGCGAGAAAGGAAAAGAGUCCAAAGGUGAAGGGGAACAUGAUGAGGGCGGGAAGACGAGGAAAGGUGAUGAUCCUUCUUCCAAAGGUUGGAAAGGCAAAGAAGGAAAGGAGGGAAAGGAGGGCAAGCAAGGAAAGGAAGGCAAGGAAGGCAAGGAAGGCAAAGGCAAGGGAGCCAAAGAGGGAAAGGAAGGUAAGGAUGGGAAAGGCUCCAAAGGUGGAGACGAUGACUAUGAUUCAAGGGAGCACGGCAAGAAGGGCAAGGAUGGAAAGGACGGAAAGGGCGGAGGAAAGGACAGUGGUAAAGAGGGUGGAAAGGAAGGAAAGGAAGGAAAGGAAGGCAAGGAAGGCAAGGAAGGUGGGAAGAGUGGCAAGGACAAAGGAAAGACUGGCUUUGAAGACAAGGACAGAGAGAGAGAUUCUGGAAAGGAAGGCAAGGGUAAGGAUUCCAAGAAUGGCAAAGGAGGCAAGGAGGGUAACGCGAAAGGAGGCAAAGAGGGAAGAGAAGGAAAAGCUGGCAAGGGAUACAGGGAAGGCAAUGAAGGCAAGGACAAAAGUGAAGGUAAGGGCAAGGGGAAAGAUGAUUCCGAGAAUGGCAAAGGGGAAAGAGAAGGAAAGGGAGGUAAGAAGGGAAAGGGAAAGGCAGGGAAAGGUGAGUGA